AUGAACGAUAUUCCACAAGUAUUUCAUUCAUACAUUACGAAUAUACAAAAUGUUUUCGGUGAUGGAAACUGUGGAUAUCGAGCAUUAGUUGUUGGUCUUGGACUUAAUGAAGACAAUUUUUAUGAGUACAUUCGGCAACAAAUGAGAGAAGAGUUGCAAAAUCGAUAUGAUUUAUACUCGAGGAUUUUUGUUAUCGAUAUAAAUUCAAUGAAUCAAGACCUGUGUUUCUUUGGUUCCCCGUGUCCACCGGAACAUUGGAUGAAAAUGCCCGAGGCAGGUGUUUUAAUUGCUAAUAAGCUUGGUGUGAUCGUCCAUUCUUUAGACAAGAGAGGCAGUACGACGAUUUUUCCGUUUUGGUGUGGUCCGGAAGAUGUUCAACAUUACAGAGCUCUUACAAUUGCCCUUGUAAAUGGAGAAUCACAUUUUGUCAUAGUGGAGUUACAAGGCGAGUACCCAAUGCCUGUUAUCACACCAUAUUGGACAUUUCACCAUGGCCCGUGUGCAGCCGGAUGGGAAAUCAUGUAUAGGUCGCGUCUAGAUCUAUAUAUCAGUCUUUGUCGUCAUGAGAGUGAUGUUAUUAAUAUAUUUGAUUAA